GGAUUUCAUUUAUUUUUCUCACUCUCUCAAGUAUCGGAUUUCUUUCGAUCUUUAUUCACUGUUUUUUUUUUUUAAAUCUGUGUAAUUGAUUUGAUGCUGCUGUUGGAAUUUUAUUGGGUUGGUAGGUAGUGUUAAUGGCGGGGAAAUCUAACAAGCCAAAGAAUCGGAGAGGGUUACACAAUUCUACAACUUCUUCUUCGCAACCCAAAGAUAACGUCCCUGCUUCUGAUUCCUCCAAAGAUGACCCCAAUGGAGUUUCGCACCCAAGCAAUCCAGAAUCCACCCUUCCUCAAACCCAAAAUUCUGCAAAGCAAGUCGGUGAGCUUCAUCUUUAUCCUGUCUCUGUCAAAACACUGGGUGGUGACAAGUUAGAGCUACAAUUGAAUCCGGGAGAUUCUGUUAUGGACAUAAAACAAUUCCUUCUUGAUGCACCUGAAACAUGUUACUUCACGUGCUAUGACUUACUCCUCCACAUAAAGGAUGGUCCAACUCAUCAUCUAGAAGAUUACAAUGAAAUUUCUCAAGUAGCUGACAUCACUACUGGUGCUUGUACCUUAGAGAUGGUUGCUGCGGCUUAUGAUGAUAGAUCUAUCAGGGCUCAUGUUCAUCGUACAAGGGAUUUGCUUUCCCUUUCGACACUUCAUACUUCACUCUCAACAUCGCUUGCUUUGCACGAGACAGGACAAAAUAAAGCUGCAAAAACAGGAGAUGUUGCAAAGACUGAAGUUUCAGAACUCGAUGGGCUGGGUUUUAUGGAGGAUGUUGCUGGUUCAUUAGUCAAAUUGCUAUCACCUUCUUCAAAAGAGAUCAAAUGUGUGGAGAGCAUUGUGUUUUCAUCCUUUAAUCCUCCACCAAGUUAUCGAAGGCUUGUGGGAGAUUUGAUUUAUUUGGAUGUAAUAACAUUGGAGGGUAACAAAUACUGUAUCACGGGAAGUUCAAAGACAUUUUAUAUCAAUUCAAGCACUGGAAACAUACUUGACCCUAGGCCAAGUAGAACUAGUUCUGAAGCAACAACACUUGUUGGACUUCUGCAAAAAAUUAGCUCAAAGUUCAAAAAAGCUUUCCGUGAAGUUAUGGAGCAGAAGGCCUCUGCCCAUCCUUUUGAAAAUGUUCAAUCCCUCUUGCCACCAAACUCAUGGCUGGGACUAUAUCCUGUUCCUGAUCACAAGCGUGAUGCAGCCAGAGCGGAGGAUGCAUUAACUCUUUCAUAUGGUAGUGAGUUAAUCGGCAUGCAAAGAGAUUGGAAUGAGGAACUGCAAUCUUGUCGGGAAUUUCCCCACACAAAUCCUCAGGAAAGGAUUUUGCGCGAUAGGGCUCUCUACAAAGUGACUUCUGACUUUGUUGAUGCAGCAAUUAGUGGGGCUGUUGGGGUCAUCAACAGAUGUAUACCCCCUAUUAAUCCAACGGAUCCUGAGUGCUUUCACAUGUAUGUUCAUAAUAAUAUUUUCUUUAGCUUUGCUGUGGAUGCUGACCUUGAACAAGUAUCCAGAAAACAUGCAUCAGAUAGUAACUCUAACAUUCAGGGCAGAAAUGCUUCACGUGGUUCAUCUGAAAAGCUCUCUAAUGAAAUACUGCAUGGAGAUGGUGUAGUUCCAAGUGAGAAGAAAUUUUGUGGAUUGAAUGUAGUUGGUGAUAGUGUUAUGGAAUCAUCUCCAGGGUCUUCUGAGACUCCAUUGGCGGAGAGUGAGCAGGCUACAUAUGCUUCUGCAAAUAAUGAUUUGAAAGGCACCAAAGCCUACCAGGAAGCUGAUAUACCUGGACUGUAUAAUCUUGCUAUGGCCAUAAUAGAUUAUAGGGGUCAUAGAGUGGUAGCUCAGAGUGUCUUACCCGGCAUUCUUCAAGGGGAUAAAUCAGACUCUCUCUUGUAUGGUUCUGUUGACAAUGGCAAGAAAAUAUGCUGGAAUGAGGAUUUUCACUCUAAGGUAUUGGAGGCUGCCAAGCGCCUUCAUUUGAAGGAACACACUGUCUUUGAUGGAUCUGGAAACGUUUUUAAGUUGGCUGCACCAGUGGAAUGCAAGGGAAUUGUUGGUAGUGAUGACAGGCAUUAUCUUCUGGAUUUAAUGAGAGUGACCCCUCGUGAUGCAAAUUAUACUGGCCCUGGAUCUCGGUUUUGUAUUUUGAGACCAGAGCUAAUUGCUGCCUUUUGUCAGGCUCAAGGUGCAGAGAGAGCAAAUGGAAAGCCUAAACCUGUGGGAGAGGCUAAUGUGUCUGAAAAGUCUCCAAAGGGUGCUAGUGUUGAAGAGCCAACUAGGACUGAGGCCAAUGUGGCUGCAAAUUCAUAUGGUCAUCAGGAUGUAACAAAUGGAGGAAAAGUGAAUAUGAAUCCAGAAGAAUGUGGUUUGUCAUCUACUCAAUCAUUUGAGGAAAUCCUUUUUAAUCCGAAUGUUUUCACUGAAUUCAAACUUGCUGGGAGUCAAGAGGAGAUAGCAGGUGAUGAAGAAAAUGUGAGAAAGGCUAGUGCAUAUCUUGUAGAUAUAGUUCUCCCAAAAUUUAUACAAGAUCUUUGCACACUGGAAGUUUCACCAAUGGAUGGUCAGACAUUGACUGAAGCACUUCAUGCUCAUGGAAUUAAUGUUCGGUAUAUUGGAAAAGUUGCUAAUGGAACCAAACACCUACCUCAUCUAUGGGAUCUUUGUACUAAUGAGAUUGUAGUUCGAUCUGCAAAGCACAUCCUUAAGGAUGUCUUGAGAGACACAGAAGAUCAUGAUAUUGGGCCCACAAUCUCACAUUUUUUCAACUGUUUCUUUGGGAAUGGCCAAGCUGUUGGUGUGAGAACUACUUCCACCAUGCAGCCUAAAACCCCAAAAAAAGACCAAGCAGUUCAUCAAUCUUCAGGCAGAUCAUCAAAGGGACAUGCCAAGUGGAAGGGAAGAGCAUCCUCAAGAAAAAAUACUUCCUCAUAUAUGAAUAUUAGCUCAGAAACUCUAUGGUCUGACAUUCAGGAAUUUUCAAAAGUCAAAUAUGAGUUUGAGUUGGCAGAUGGUGCAAGAUCACGAGCAAAGAAAAUGUCUGUUUUGCGUAACCUUUGUCAAAAGGUGGGAAUAACAAUUGCUGCCCGCAAGUAUGAUUUUAAUGCUGCAACACCUUUCCAAACAUCAGAUAUCUUGGAUCUCCAACCUGUCGUGAAGCAUUCAGUUCCUGUAUGUUCAGAGGCUAAAGAUCUGGUGGAGAUGGGGAAGGUUCAAUUGGCUGAAGGCAUGCUUAGUGAAGCAUACACAUUAUUUUCAGAGGCAUUUUCAAUACUUCAACAGGUGACAGGUCCAAUGCACCGAGAGGUGGCGAAUUGCUGCCGGUACCUUGCCAUGGUUUUGUAUCAUGCAGGGGACAUGGCUGGGGCCAUAAUGCAACAGCACAAGGAACUAAUAAUAAAUGAACGUUGCUUGGGCUUGGACCACCCUGAUACUGCUCACAGUUAUGGCAAUAUGGCCCUUUUCUACCAUGGUCUAAACCAGACAGAGCUAGCAUUGCGGCACAUGUCCAGGGCAUUGCUCUUGCUAAGUCUCUCAUCUGGCUCAGACCAUCCUGAUGUAGCUGCCACUUUUAUAAAUGUUGCAAUGAUGUACCAAGACAUUGGAAAGAUGAACACUGCACUCCGCUAUCUGCAAGAGGCCUUGAAAAAAAAUGAGAGACUUCUAGGCGAGGAACAUAUUCAAACUGCUGUAUGUUAUCAUGCACUUGCAAUAGCAUUCAAUUGUAUGGGUGCUUUCAAGCUUUCUCACCAGCAUGAGAAGAAAACAUAUGACAUACUAGUAAAACAGCUUGGAGAGGAGGAUUCAAGAACGCGAGACUCCCAGAAUUGGUUGAACACAUUUAAGAUGCGUGAACUUCAGAUGAAUGCUCAGAAGCAGAAAGGUCAGGCUUUGAAUGCUUCAAAGGCUAUCGAUAUCUUGAAGGCCCGUCCUGACUUGAUACAUGCAUUUCAGGCUGCUGCCGCAGCUGGGGUAUCUGGUAGUUCCAGUAGUUCUGUCAACAAGUCACUUAAUGCAACAAUGUUGGGUGAGUCUCUUCCACGGGGUCGAGGGUUUGACGAAAGAGCAGCCCGUGCAGCAGCUGAAGUUAGGAAAAAGGCAGCUGCCAAGGGCCUCUUGAUUCGCCCACAUGGUGUUCCAAGCCAAACUUUGCCACAAUUAACUCAACUUCUUAACAUAAUCAAUUCAGAAAUGAGCCCAGAUACAGUUAACAGUAAGGAAGCUGGAGAGAUGAAGGAAGUGAAUGGCCAUCCUCAAGAUGGUAUGGGCAACACCAAGCAAGAGCAAUCAACAACUAAGCAAGGAGAUCAAGCGCCUGUUGGAUUGGGAACAGGCCUUACUUCAUUGGAUGCUAAAAAACAGAAAACAAAACAGAAAGCUGUGGCUUGAGAUUUUGAAAGGGUUGGAUCUUGAAGCGUGGACUUUGGCCAUUUAGUGGUGAGAAGCGGCAUUUGUUCUGGUGCAGGUUAGGGUGCCUAGAUCUCCAAUUUUUUAAAUAAAGGGGCACAUAGAGGAAGAUAGUUUCAAGAGACAUAACUGUAUAUCUGAUGGAAACAAAGCUAGCCUUCAUACUUCCAAUUCUCAAAUAAUAGUUUCUUUUAUUAGUUUUGGUUUUGGUGAUUUAUUUUCAGCUGAAGACAUGAGUAGUUUUUACGAUUCAUUGUUUCAACGAAAACUCUGAAGGGUUAAGAAGUGCCUUUCUGACAACGGCCUUCUAUGUUUAUUUUUGAAAUGUGGCAUUGUAAGCUUUCAAUUAUGUAUGAUUAAUUUUUUCUAUUUAGGGGUUUAUUAGUAAUAUUGCUUGCAUUUAUUUAUUUAAUGACAUAAUAUGAUUAUAAACUAAAAGAUUUUAU